UGUCUGAUUUGUAUUCUUCAUUCUAACUGCUGUGUCAUUUGUAUUUGCUUAUAUUCUUUAUUUCUUGGACUGGUUUUAAAGUGUGAAGUCUUCCGUUGUCAAUUUCCUCGAUCCAAUCCCUUCUACUCUGAUGAACCACCAAGACAUUAUGGCACUGACAAACCAUUGAGGGUUGGAGCUGCACUUUGCUCUUGGUGUGGCACAUGGAAAGGGGAGAAAGUUUGCAGCAGGUGUAGGAGGGCAUGUUACUGCUCUGAGAAACAUCAGGCUAUGCAUUGGAAGUCUGGACAUAAAAACCAGUGCCAUCAGAUUAUUACUAACUUAGAAUCUUCUAGUGCUAGUGCUGGUUCAUCUAGAGCUAGGCUUCCUGCUACAGAUAAAGAAGGUGAAAGUGCUUUUUAUAUGGAGACUUCUCAAGAUAAUAGUUGUGCCACAACAUUGGUGCCUAAAUAUAUGAAAACAGAUGACACAUAUCAGUUCUUGCUGGACAAGUUUGAGGCUGAUGAGAAUAAAAGGUACCGCCGGCAUCAUUUCAAGAACGAAUGUCUAAAUGUCCCAACCAAGUGUUGAGAUACUGUCGAGGUCUGAUGGCAAAACCACUGUGGCCUUUGCCUUUGUCGAUUGGUUGCCCCACCAAAGCCAAUAUUAAAAAAUGCAACUACUGCAAUGGUCCUUUAUGCUAUGAAUUUCAGGUUUGAUAUGAA